AGAAAGCGGUCUGUGUACUGGCCUCCUCCGCUCGAGGUAACGCUAGAUGGAAGAAUUUGGGGAGGGGGCAGCAGCGUCCGUAGGUCACCUCUGAAAGCAUCCCCUACCCAUCACAAUCGUUCGCCAGAGAGCGCGUCUGUGGAAAAGGCAGGGAUAACAACAGCGUUUGGAGCCCCGCACGGCCAGCAUGAGAUUCUCGAUGUUGAUCUCUCUCAUCAGGCCGAUAGGGCCGGUUAUCGUCGGCAUCUCGCUAGGAUUCACCCUGAGUUUGCUCAGCGUCACUUGGGUAGACGAGUCGUGCGAGUCGGAGGGUAUUGCCGCCUCGGAAGACAUUUUGCUGGGCCAGCCGGGAAGUCUGAAAGGAGCCCGAAAGCCUAGCUCGAUCUCCACCAGCACCACCGAAAAUGGGGACGCCGAGGAGGACUUCGAGCCGAGAAUAGUGCCUUACACGAAGCCAGCUCAGCCGGGCCAGCCCAAGAAAGUUUUCAGGGCCAAGUAUGCCAGCACAGAGCUGGGCAUCAGGGAGCGCUUCUUCGUGGGAGUCCUGAGCUCCAAGGCCACGCUGAACACCCUGGGCGUGGCUGUCAACCGCACCCUGAGCCACCACCUGGACGGCCGGCUGGCAUUCUUCACUGGCGCCCGGAGCCGCAAGGUGCCGCACGGCAUGCUCGUGAUCACCCACGGCGACGAGCGGCCCGUGGUCAGCAUGUUCCAGACGGUCAGCUUCCUGCUGGAGCACCACGUGGACGACUUCGACUGGUUCUACCUGGUCCAGGACGACGUCUACACGCAGCCGGACCGGCUCAAGGCGCUGGUGGAGCACCUGAGCAUGGGCCGCGAGCUGUACAUGGGCCGGCCCGAGGAGUUCAUCGGCGGGGAGGGCCAGAGCAGGUUCUGCAGCGGGAAUGCCGGGUACCUGCUCUCGCGCGCCCUCCUCCUGAAGAUCAAGCCCUUCCUGGACCACUGCCGCAACGACAUCGUCAGCGUGCGCUCGGACGAGUGGCUCGGACGCUGCAUCAUCGACUACACCAACACCAACUGUGUGGACGAGCUCGAGGGUCUGCAGUACAGCCAUUUUGCGUUGGAGCCAACCUUCGAUCUGAGUCGAGAGGAGAGCGCAGCUUUCCGGAAUGCCCUGUCCGUCCACCCUGUGUCCAAACCCGAUCAGAUGUAUCGGCUGCAUAAGCACUUCACUGAGAUCGAGCUGCAGAGGACCUAUGAGGAGAUUGAGAAACUACAGGCGGAGAUCAAGAACGUGAGUGAGGUGGCGGUGGAUGGGAACCGUAGUGCCCACUGGCCCGUUGGCGUGGCCCCUCCCUUUGAGCCCAAGACGCGCUUCGAGGUGCUGCGCUGGGACUACUUCACCGAGGAGCAGCUGUACGCCUGCGCCGACGGCUCGCCCAAGUGCCCGCUGGUGGGCGCCGACCGGCUGGACGUGGACGACAUCGUCCGGACGGCGGUGGCCGAGCUCAACCGCAAGUACGCGCCCGCGCUGCGCCUGUCCAAGAAGCGGCUGGUCAACGGCUACCGGCGCUUCGACCCCACGCGCGGCAUGGAGUACACGCUGGACCUGCAGCUGGACGCGCGCACCGAGGCCGGACACAGCGGCCCGCUGACCUGUCGCGUGCACCUGCUGCGCCCGCUCAGCCAGGUGGAGAUCAUCCCCAUGCCCUACGUGACCGAGGCCACCCGCGUCCACCUGCUGCUGCCGCUGGUCAGCUCGGAGCGCGCCGUGGCGCUGCGCUUCCUGGACCUGUGCGCGUCCAGCCUGUUCGAGACGGCCGAGAACGCCGUGCUCACCUUCCUGUUCGUCUACGACCCGCUGGAGGCGCGCCACGUGGCGCAGAGCGACGUCUUCGCCGAGGUCAAGGCCAAGGUGGCGGCGUACGAGCGCAAGUACCCGUCGGUCAAGGUGCCCUGGAUCAGCGUCAAGACCGAGAGCCCGGCACUGCUCCGCGUGCUGGACAUCGUCUCGCGGAAACACCCGGUGGACACGCUCUUCUUCCUGGCCACGCCGGACACCGUGGUCACCACCGAGUUCCUGAACCGCUGCCGGAUGAAUGCCAUCAGCGGCUGGCAGGCCUUCUUCCCCAUGCACUUCCAGGACUACGACCCCGAGGUGGCCUAUCACGACCAGCCGCCACCGGCCUCUCCGGACCUGGUGCGCGAGGCCGGGCUGUUUGACCGCUACUCGUUCGACGAGGCCUGCUUUUACAACGCCGACUACAUGGCAGCCAGGACACACAUGGCUGCGGACACUCAAGAGAGCCGGGACAACGAGGAUCUGCUGGAGACGCUAGACGUGUAUGACGUGUUUGUGCGCUACUCCGGCCUGCACGUGUUCCGCGCCGUGGAACCCGCUCUGCACCAGCGCUACCGGAACCGCACCUGCAACCCGCGGCUGAGCGAGGACGCGUUCCACCGCUGCGUCCAGAGCACGCUGGAGGGGGUUGGCGCGCGCACGCAGCUGGCCAUGCUGCUGUUUGAGCAGGAGCCGGGGAACAGCACCUGAGACGCCCACACCUGGCUCCGCCUGAGCAGAACCAUGCCGUCCUGAACGUGCCCCACUUUGACUCUACACUCCACACAAUGCCGGUGGGACACGUUUCAUAC